UGCGGCGGGUCGGGAGUUGUAAAACCUCCGCGACCUUGAGACCUGAAACAUGUGAUGCGCCUUUUCUCAGGAGACGCCUCUUUUCCAGUCUGUCGCGAGCCUUGCGUCCCUGCGCCCGCCGCCUUGCCUGGAAUGGCCCGCCGACCACUUUCUUUGGGGAUUUGCUUUGCUUGGCGGGGGAUCGCCGUAGUGCGGAGUUUUUCUCCGUAAAGGAACCGGAGGAAGGAGCCUGGCGGCGGCUUCCUCAUCACCUUCCCACACCGAUAAGCGCCUAAAUAUCUCCCCCUCCCGCCCCGCGCGACAGGGUCCGCAGCUUUGGGCUGGGAGCUAAAGCGGCUGUCCAAUUCUUCUGGACAUUCUCAGGCGUUCGCCAGGGGGUGACUAGCUGUCACUGGGAGCAGUAUUUAGCCUCUCCGAGACCCUGGGGAGGAAGUGGGGUGCGCGCGGCGUGUGUGUUUGUGUGUCCCUCAGCGCUUUCCUUUUUAAAUGACCCUCGGUGGUGAGGCUUUCGGCGGCUGAGACUCCGCGGCCCCCUAUCCCGGCCCCAUUGGAGCCGGGCUCGCGCUGAAAGGCGCAGCCCCUACGGUACUCCCCAGACCCUUGGCUUCAGGCCACUGGCGCGAGGGCCCAGUUCGACGCCCGGAAGGCUACAGGAGCCAUUCCGUAGUGCCAUCCAGAGCAACGCACUGCCGCAGCUCCUCUGAGCCUUUCCAGCAAGUUUGUUCAAGAUUGGCUGUCAAGAAUCAUGGACUGUUAUUAUAUGCCUUGUUUUCUGUCAAGACACCAUGAUUCCUGGUAACCGAAUGCUGAUGGUCGUUUUAUUAUGCCAAGUCCUGCUAGGAGGCGCGAGCCAUGCUAGUUUGAUACCUGAGACGGGGAAGAAAAAAGUCGCCGAGAUUCAGGGCCACGCGGGAGGACGCCGCUCAGGGCAGAGCCAUGAGCUCCUUCGGGACUUCGAGGCCACACUUCUGCAGAUGUUCGGGCUGCGCCGCCGCCCGCAGCCUAGCAAGAGCGCAGUCAUCCCGGAUUACAUGCGGGAUCUUUACCGGCUUCAGUCUGGGGAGGAGGAAGAGGAAGAGCAGAUCCAGGGCAUCGGUCUGGAGUAUCCUGAGCGCCCCGCCAGUCGGGCCAACACCGUGAGGAGCUUCCACCACGAAGAACAUCUGGAGAACAUCCCAGGGACCAGCGAAAACUCUGCUUUUCGUUUCCUCUUUAACCUCAGCAGCAUCCCAGAGAACGAGGUGAUCUCAUCUGCCGAGCUUCGACUCUUCCGGGAGCAGGUGGACCAGGGCCCUGACUGGGAGCAGGGCUUUCAUCGUAUAAACAUUUAUGAGGUUAUGAAGCCCCCGGCAGAAGCGGUGCCUGGGCACCUCAUCACACGACUACUGGACACAAGACUGGUCCACCACAAUGUGACGCGGUGGGAAACUUUUGAUGUGAGCCCUGCAGUCCUUCGCUGGACCCGGGAGAAGCAGCCCAACUACGGGCUGGCCAUUGAGGUGACCCACCUCCAUCAGACACGGACCCACCAGGGCCAGCAUGUCAGGAUUAGCCGAUCGUUACCUCAAGGGAGUGGGGAUUGGGCCCAGCUCCGGCCCCUCCUGGUCACCUUUGGCCAUGAUGGCCGGGGACAUGCCUUGACCCGACGCCGGAGGGCCAAGCGUAGCCCCAAGCAUCACCCACAGAGGGCCCGGAAGAAGAAUAAGAACUGCCGGCGCCACUCGCUCUAUGUGGACUUCAGUGAUGUGGGCUGGAACGACUGGAUUGUGGCCCCACCAGGCUACCAGGCCUUCUACUGCCACGGGGACUGCCCCUUUCCGCUGGCCGACCACCUCAACUCCACCAACCAUGCCAUUGUGCAGACCCUCGUCAACUCUGUCAACUCCAGCAUCCCCAAAGCCUGUUGUGUUCCCACCGAACUGAGCGCCAUCUCCAUGCUGUACUUGGAUGAGUAUGACAAGGUGGUUCUGAAAAAUUAUCAGGAGAUGGUAGUGGAGGGAUGUGGGUGCCGCUGAGAUCAGGCCUUCCUUGGGGACACACACACACACACACACACACACACACACACACACCCAUCCACUACUCACCCACACACUACACAGACUGCUUCCUUAUAGCUGGACUUUUAUCUUAAAAAAAAAAAAAAAGGAAAAAAACUAAACAUUCACCUUGACCUUAUUUAUGACUUUAAGUGCAAAUGUUUUGACCAUAUUGAUCAUAUAUUUUGACAAAAUAUAUUUAUAACUACAUAUUAAAAGAAAAAAUAAAAUGAGUCAUUAUUUUAAAGGUAAA